UUUUUCCCGGCAAAAGGAAGUGCACGCGUUGUCAAUCAACUUCCCGCCUCCGUCGCGACCUUCUCCACCACUUCUUCCCUCACAUCCACCUCGACCAUUUCAUCCCCCCUCCUCCAUUGCCACCCUUUGAAUCUUGCGAACUUCAGGUGGAGCUGUUUUACAUCUAGAUUUUAUUGAGCUUUGUCGCGCACCAUGGCUGAAGAUACUCCUACCGCCUCGGCGCCUGUUCCUGACGCCGCUGAGUCGGUCGAGCGCGCUCCUGCUGAGGCCAAGGAUACUGCGCCAGAGACCACCAAGCAGACAGACGAGAAGGCCAAUGGAUCAGAGGAGAAGUCAUCUGAUGCUCCCGUUUCCGAAGAGAAAAAGGAAUCUGAUGAAGCGCCCGCUGAGAAGCCCAGCGCGUCCGAGUCUACUGAUGCGAAGGAGGGUGCUGCACCUGCAGAGUCUGAGACCGCCCCAGCUCCGGAGGCUAACGGAACCCCCGCGUCGGCUAAGAAGUCUGGAGGCUCCAAGCGCAAAUCGACCGGCGCUGUACCGGAACAUAAGUCCAAGCUGAACCGAAAGAAGUCGCAGGCUCGCAUCACCAACCUCAACGCGAAACCAGGUGACUACUUCCUCGCGCGCCUUCGCAGUUAUCCCCCAUGGCCCUCCAUCAUCUGUGACGAGGAGAUGCUUCCUCAGACGCUACUGGACUCGCGCCCGGUGACCGCUCAGCGAGCCGAUGGGACCUACCGGGAGGACUACGCCGAGGGUGGCAAGCGCGCUCAUGAGAGGACCUUCCCUGUGAUGUUCUUCGAGACGAACGAAUUUGCUUGGAUCCCUAACACUGAUUUGACCCCACUCGAUCCCGCCACCUGCAAGGAAGUUUCGGAGAAGGGCAAGUCGAAACUGCUUUUGGCCGCUUAUGCUGUGGCCGCCGAUGGCCACGACCUUAAGCACUUUAAGAGCUUGUUGGCCGACCACCAGCGCGCGAUGGAGCAGGAAGAAGAAGAACGGGAGGCCCAGGCGGCCGCCAAGGCAGCUGCUAAGGCCGAAAAGGAUGCGAAGAAAAAUAAGCGGAAGAGUAUGGAGGUCAUCGAUGAUGAGGAUGUUGAUAUGGAGGAUGCAGACGAGGAGGCCAAGAAGCCCAAGAGCUCCAAGAAGAGAAAGAAGGAUACUGAAGCCGACGCAGAGGAGAAGCCUGCUAAGACUCCUAAGACCGGUACGAAGCUCAAGCUGACGACCCCAAAGACUCCCGCAAGCGAGAAGAGGGCCCCUGCUUCGAGCAAGGCCAAGCAGACUGCCAGCAGCAAGAAAUCGGGCAAGGCGGCUGCCAGUGAUGAGGGUGAGGAGAGCACUCCUGCGGCGCCCAAGGAGCCCGAGAAGCAGGUCAACCCUGAGGAGGCCAAGGCCAAGAAAGAGAAAGAGAUUCUUUUCGUUCGCCAUAAGCUCCAGAAGGGCUUCAUUUCCCGUGAUCAACCUCCCCAGGAGGAAGAAAUGACAUCGAUGUCAACCUACUUCGCUAAGUUGGAGAAUUAUCAGGACCUGGAGGUCUCUAUCAUCCGUUCGACCAAGAUCAACAAGGUCUUGAAGAUGAUCGUCAAGCUUAGCUCUAUCCCUAGGGAUGAGGAAUUUCAGUUCCGUCGUCGUGCUGUGGAUCUCUUGUCCAAGUGGAAGACUGUGCUCGAUGCGGAUACCACCGUGGGCGCCUCCGAGGAGAAGAAGAAGCCCAAGGCUAACGGCGUCCACAAGGAGGAUAGCGUUGAGACCCCCGCCCCUGCGGACACAGAGACCAAGGAGGAUGAGUCUAAGCCGAGCAAGUCAGAGCCCAAGGAUGAGGAAAUGACUGAUGCCGACGCUAAGGAUAAGACCGAGGCCGAGGCCCCUGAGCCAAAGGAAGAAUCUGAGAAGACGACCUCCAAGGGCGACGAGUCGUCAGCUGAAAAAGCCACUGAGGAGAAGACCACGGAGGAAAAGCCUGCCGCAGAGAAAGCAGAGGAGAAGGCCGCAGAGGCUUCGGCAUAAGUCUCCAAUUAGGCUCUCGUUUUAUCUCGAAUUCUCGCUGCUGCUCUGGUGUUCUUUCUUAUCACGCUGUCUAAUCUGCGCUGCUCUUCCUAUUGUC